AUGAUGUGUCUAUCCCAAGCAUCACUCUUGUUCUUACAUGUAUGUAUUUUCAUUUGUGGAGAAACUAUACAAGGUAGCUGUGUUCAUCAUUCUAUGGAUUCUCUAGUAGGUAACAAUGUGGAAGAUAAAGCUCACCUCAAAGAUGAAAGUCAAAGGAGCAAUACCGUGUGCAAGGAAGACUAUAAGGAGUCACGUGAUGCUAAGACCAAAGUAACUUGAGAAGACAUUUUAUUCAUUUAUAGAAAACUGAAAAAUUUUAUUGUUUCUUAUACAAGAAGUACCAAAAAACUACUGAGAAAUAUAAUGGAUGAGCAACAAGCUGCUUUGGACUGUUCGUCUAGCCAGGUUAAUGAGCUCAUGGAUCAAGUUCUCCUUUUGACUACAGAGGAUUUUAGCAAACAGCUGGAGUCUUUUCUGCCAGCCAUGCAAUCACAUGAUUUGGAUUGCAUUGAUAUUAAAGAUUCAAUUAGCUCUGUCACCAAAACCCCUAGUGGUUUAUAUAUAAUCUUUCUAGAAGGAUUUAGCUACCCAUUUGAGGUAAUGUAUGACAUGGAUUUCAGAGGAGGAGGAUGGGCAGUAGUUCAGAAAAGGCUCGAUGGGGCAGUUGACUUCCAGAGGCCGUGGUGUGAUUACCUGGAUGGACUUGGAGACCUUUUAGGAGAAUUUUGGCUAGGACUGAAAAAGAUUUUUUACGUAGUAAACCAGAAAGACUCCAGUUUUGUGUUUUAUGUGGCCCUGGAGUCCGAGGACGACAGCUUGGCUUAUGCUUUAUAUGAUAAUUUUUGGCUAGAGGAUGAAACACAUUUUUGUAAAAAUACAUUUAGGAUGAAUUCAGGAAAUACUGGUGAUGCAUUUCGGAGCUUCAGGGAAGAUGAUAACCAGAAUACAAGGCCUUUCAGCACCUCAGAUAUUGAUAAUGAUGGGUGCCACCCUGAUUGUCAGUCAGUGAAGAGCUGCAGUCACCUCCAUAACAACACUGGCUGGUGGUUCAACCAGUGUGGUCUCAUGAACUGAAAUGGCAUCCAUCAAUUUCCUGGAAAACUGCGUGCAAUUGGAAUUCAGUAGGGUACAUGGACUGAAAACAAUUCUGCUGUCAAUAUUAAAUCUGCUUCAGUGAAGACUAGAAGGACUUACAACCCCUGUUUUAAGUAG